AUGGUCAAAAAUUCAGGAGGAAACAGGCCGAAAAAGCGAAACAUCGUCCGCUGGGAUGAAAACCUCGAUGAGCUCCUUCUGUUGACUAUUCAAUCGGUCUGCAAUGCUAAAUCAGUCAAGAUUCCGUGGGCUGAGGUGGCUGCAACCAUGGGUCACCACAUCACCGAGGGCGCAAUUACCCAGCAUCUUGCGAAGCUGCGCGUCCGCCGCAUACAAGCUAACAAGGAGAUCCCGCCGCCAUUGAAGAGGGGAUCUAUUGUCGGUAAUUCCAAUUUCCCAGAGAUCUCAAGUACCAAACCGUUCAAGGGGAACGGUCAGGUCGGCAAUGGUGGCAGCUCAGACGAAGAAUGGGUCGAGGACAGAAGAUUAGCGCGACGUAGGGCUAGCACGAAAAGAAAGAAGCCACCAGUGAACUAUGCAGAAUUGCAGGAUGCCGAUUACGAAGAAGAUUCCGAUGACAGUGGUGAGGAAUUAGUAGCGACUGGGGCAAAUUUUCUCGAGUUGCCCAACGACAAACAGCAGGAAGCAGCGCGCACACCAAUUCCCAGCAAGUUAGUCUCCUACAAGUGUCCAAAGUCAUUCCUUGCUGGACUUGGCAAAAAGUCGAAAGGGGAAACUUUCAAGGCAACUCUGCCCAGAACACCCACCCUGAAACCAGAGUCAGCCCUGGAGCGAGAGGCAGCCGUGAAGCCUGAACCAGCUACACCAAGCCGCGUUGUCUACGAGACUUUCCCAAACGAGGCGUUCGUCAGCCAGAUAAAUCUUCCCACGGGAUUUAGUUCUCCGUUUCGCAAUGCUGGCCCAGCACAUAAUGGUUUUGCUGCACAUGCCGACUUUCCUCUCCAUGUCCCGGCUGCUCAAUCCUCAGUAGAAGCAAACACAGUGUAUAUACCUACCGGCAACCCAGCCCUCGACCUGCCACCAGUUGGAGAUAUUUACUCGGAUCCCUUUGUUUCGGAGCCGUUUACUAUGGCUGGUUCCUUCCCGUCACUCCAGGGGUACCAGCAGGAACAAGCGCUUUUUCCAAAUCAUGGGUUUCAAGAAAUGCUUGGGGAGUAUCUAAUCCAACCUGAAGAGUCGGAAUGGUAUUGUGGGCAGCCAGAAUAG